GCUCAGGUUUCUCCAAUCACUUGGCCAAUGACCAGCAGGUGGGCAGAUGUCUUUUCCCGCGCGGAGGACUGACGCGUAGGAAGAGUCAAAGCAUCAAAGUGAGCGGCCAAGAUCCCAUUUCCCCUAGGCUCCCUGGCGGUGCUUGCAGGGAAGAGGGACACGCAGAGAAUGAACGGCUACUAACCGAGAGAACAGCCUGUGCCUUCACCUGGGACAGCGAGCCUAGACCCUCGGCCGGAGCCCACUGCACUGCGAGCCCGGGCCGCUGCAGCCGGCAGAAGUUGGACACCGCCAGCAGCUAUCGGCUUUAGCCGGGCUGCUAGCAUACCUUCCAGAAAGAAGCCGACCUCCUCAGGAUCCCAGGACCGCGCACAGUGACACUGCGCCGGCUUCCCGGUUGUCCCAAGCGCACCCCGUUCGCAUUGUCGCUGGCGAGAGCGGCGGGGAUCCGCGGAGCGCUAUCAGCACAGAUCGCUGCCUCGAUCCCACCGCGCUGCCCGGUUGCGUGAAGCGGAAGAAGGAGCGGAGUGGACGCCGGAGACCACCGAGACAGGGAGACCGCUGCGGCCGAAGCCCUUCCCACGCGUGGCACCCCGGGCCCUCGGCGGUGGGCCAUGGCCGACAGCAGCGCCACAGGCAGCUCCAGCCCCUGGUGGAAAUCACUAACGAACAGCAGGAAGAAAAGCAAGGAUGCCACAGUGGGGAUGCAGCCUCCAGCCCAGGCUGUCGCGGGGGAGCCUGCACCGUCCGCGCCGCCAGCGCCAUCCGGGCAGCCCGCACCGCCAAGCCCGGGCUGGACUAGCAGCUCCCAGGAGAAUCAGCACCCCAAUCUCCUCUCUAGCGCGGGCGAGCCCCACAAAUCAGACAAGUUGUACGCGGAGAAAUCGUGCCACAGCCGCCGCAAUUUGAAGAUCUCGCGCUCUGGGCGCUUUAAGGAGAAGAGGAAAGUUCGCGCCACUCUGCUCCCGGAGGGAGUCAGAUCCCAGGAGGAGGCCGGCUUCCCUGGUGACCCCCAGGACGACAAGCAGUAGCCAGAGCUGACUCUCUCUCUUCUCCCCACACCUCCCCAACCCCCAGUUCCAAACCCAAGAAUUCUGGCCUGCCCCAGCACUUGGUGUCUCGUCCCACAGAUUCAGAAUAGCCACACCAGGCCGCCCGAUUCUAUUUCCCUGGAAAUGGAAGUGUCAAUUGAGUUGUUAAUAUUUCACGACUCAAGGAUACAUGAAAUAUUUAUCUGGGGUAAGAGAAGACACCCGCCACAGAGGAAGUUGGCAUUAUUAUUAUCUUCAGAAAGCUGUUUUGUGGCCUCCACCCCUUGAGUCACUUGCGGGAGUGAGAGCGCAGCUCACCUGGCCUGGGGCAG